GUAAUUCAUGGUUGCAUUGAUGGUUUUAGCAGAACAGUUAUUUACCUAAAAUGUUGCACAAACAAUAGAGCAGACACUGUUCUUCGCUUGUUUGAAAACGGUGUGGGAGAGUUUGGCCUACCAUCUAGAGUUCGAGGUGACCAUGGCGUCGAGAAUGUUGAUGUGGCAAGAUACAUGGUUUAUAACAGAGGCACCGAUAGAGGCAGUUUUAUCGCUGGUAGAAGUGUGCACAAUCAGCGUAUUGAGCGAUUGUGGGCAGAAGUCAACAGAGUUAUGACAGCGCUAUACAAGGAUUUGUUCAAAUUUCUAGAGAGAAGUGAACAACUUGAUUCCCUUAAUGAAGUACACCUUUUUGCUCUUCAGUAUGUUUUUCUACCUCGCAUCAAUGUAUCCUUAGCUGAAUUCCGAAGGCAGUGGAAUCAUCAUGGAAUGAGAACUGCCAAUCAUCAGUCACCAUUAGCAUUAUGGCAUACUAAUAUGAUAACAGUCCCAGAUGAUUCGACAGUAAUUAACUGGGAAUCCUAUGGAAUUGACUACAGUACCUCAGGACAAGCAAUUCAAACAAACAAUAACAUUGUUAUUCCCAAUUCAGAUAUUGAACUUACUGAAGCACAACUCCAUUACCUGCAACAAACGGUAAAUCCUUCCCAGGAUGAUGGGAAUAAUGGUAUAGGACAUUUUUUAAAUACAGUGGACAUAGUUGGUGAUUUUAUUUCUGAGGAAACAAUAGACAUUUGAAUUGUUUAAUUAACUAUAGUACCAGUAAAAACAAACAUUGAAAUUACAUCAAUCCCAUAAACUAUGUAAUUUAUUUCAUUAAAACAACAAAGAACCUGCAGUACAAAUUUUCUGCUUAACAAUGUUAAAGUGAUAGUUGUAAUGUUUACAUUAUAAUUGUACAUCUGGAACAGUA